GAGAGAGAGAGAGAGAGAGAGAGAGAGAGAGAGAGAGAGAUAUAUUUCCCAGUGUGCAUCUCCCAGUGUUGCUCAGUGGACCGUGUGGUGGACAGUGCCACUGUGUCUGUGUGUGCAGCUCUGCUUGUAUUGAACUGUGCUCACUGCUGACCAGUGGAGAGUGAAGAGAGUGUGGGAGGAGGAAACGGAGUGCCGGACGCCCCGUUGGUGGGUUUGCCCGGUCGAGGCAAAUUUUCCAUGAUAGUUUCUGCAGCCAUGCUGGAAAACGCAGUCGGAGCGCUAGUGGAUGCUAAAGUGAAUAAUCACUCAGAAACUACUAAAUGUGCAAUGGAAAGUGGUGACGGGAACACCGGAAUCCAAAUCAAUGGGUUUGACUUUCAGAGGCAGACGGUGCCGACCACAAGUGCGCUCACUAAUGCACACGCACAAGCCCUCCUCCAACAGGCUGCAGCACAUUUAAAUGCCCCCUCUCUCACUUCGUUUUUAAUUCAAAUUCCUCUCCCUGCUCAAAGACUGAAGGCUCAUCCUCAGAGAGCCGCUCAGUCUAAGUCGGAAGACUCGAGCGCUCUUCCGACCUCCGUCCAGCAGAGCGUAUUGCCUCAAACCCAGCUAAUGUUGGCCGGGGGACAGAUUGCAGGAUUGACCCUGACCCCGGCGCAGCAGCAGAUGUUGAUCCAGCAGGCCCAAGCUCAGCUCCUGGCUGCGGCCGUGCAGCAUUCAGCCAACCAGCAGAACAGCACCACCGGGGCCAGCAUCUCGGCCUCCGCAGCCACGCCCAUCAGCCAGCUGUCACAGCCCAUCCAGAUCGCCUCUACACAAGACAAAGCCGUGGAAACAUGGCGCCAUUUUCAAAGCGAUACGGGACUUGGACUAUAUCAGCUGCAGCCGCAGAAUCUAAGUCUGCCUCAGUUUGUUCUGCUGCAGCCCGGCCACCCGAUCGCCACACUACAGCAGCCCACUCAGUUCAUCAUCUCACAGCCGACGCAGGCCCAACAGGCCUUUCACUCUGUAGGCAUAUUGCAAGCCCAGAGUCUUCUAAAUCUACCUCAAAGCCAAGCUAACCUCCUGCCGACUCAACAAAGCCUCACCCUUGCAACUCAGCCUGCCACUCCAACCCGCACAACAGCAUCCACACCUAUCCAGUCCCUGUCUCACAGUCAGACAACACCCAAACGGUUGGACACGCCCACUAUGGAGGAGCCCAGCGAUCUGGAAGAACUGGAACAGUUUGCCAAGACCUUCAAACAGAGGCGCAUCAAACUGGGCUUCACACAGGGGGAUGUUGGCCUGGCCAUGGGGAAGCUGUAUGGAAACGACUUCAGCCAAACUACCAUCUCUCGCUUUGAGGCCUUGAAUCUGAGCUUUAAGAACAUGUGCAAACUCAAGCCAUUGCUGGAGAAGUGGCUCAACGAUGCAGUUUGUGCAGAGACCCUGACCGACCAGUCCCUGUCCAGCCCCAGUGCCCUGGGCUCACCGGGCAUGGGCAUAGAGGGGAUCAACCGCAGACGGAAGAAGAGGACCAGUAUUGAGACCAACAUCCGAGUGGCCUUAGAAAAGAGCUUUCUGGAGCAGAACCAAAAACCUACCUCUGAAGAGAUCACCAUGAUCGCUGACCAGCUCAACAUGGAGAAGGAGGUGAUUCGGGUCUGGUUCUGCAAUCGCCGGCAGAAAGAGAAGAGGAUUAACCCCCCCAGCAGCUGCUUAAGCGGAGUAGGCAGCACCCCCAUCAAAAUCUUUACCCCCAGUAGCCCUCUGGUGUCCAGCACAGCAAGCCUUGUGAGCAGUCCAAAUAUUAACACACCCACCACUCUGACUGUAAACCCAGUGAUGCCUCUCACCAGCACCAGCGUCUCCAAUCUGUCUUUCACAGGCACAAACACUGCAUCCGUAAUCUCCACUGCACCUAUCAUUACUACAGCCGGCUCUCCGUCUUUAAGUCCCUCGCCGACGACCAUUCAGUCCAGUAACUCGGAGAGUAAGAUGCACACCAUCAUCAACCAGGUCCCGACGUCCAUAGCCACCGCUUUAGGGACGGGUCAGCUGAUGGUGUCGGCGUCGGGUCUGUCUGCGGCGCUGCAGGGCGCACAGUUACCCAGCAGCUUUGCUGCAAUGGCUGCCGCUGCUGGGCUCAACUCAGGACUGAUGGCGUCCUCCCAGUUCACUCCGGGGGGGGCCCUGCUCAGUCUGACUGGCGGCCUUGGCGGCGGGCUGAGUCCUGCCCUCAUGAGCAACAGCACCUUGGCUACCAUCCAAGGUGUGUAUCAAUCUCUGGCUUCGAGUGGCCUCACUUCUCUGGACGGCAGCAACCUGCUGUUCGCCAACACUUCUGCGGGCACCACGCCGAUCUUCCUGACCCCCCAGAACCUGUCGCUGCUCACCGGCUCCCCCCUCAACCUGGUGUCGGCCGGGCCGGGGGGGCUGCAGGUCACCGCCGAUGCUCAUCAUCAAGCCACCGCGGCCGCUGUGCCUGUGCAAGCCUCGACCAUUACCACUGCCUCCAAGGCUCAGUGAAGCCAGUCGGGCUGCAUCCUGAAUUGACGCCCCGUCUCUUACGUUGUGCACUACUUUCACACCAUGUAGGGAACAGGGAGGUCGUUUGAUAUAGGCUCUGCGCUUCACUAACCACCCCGCAUUCUUUCCACUGUAUCUAUCAUUAUUUAAUCCUUUUGCUGCCACCAAAAAGAAAAUAACCUCAAAUGAGGUUGAGGUUGACUUUUAAUUUUUUUAGUUUGUUUCCUUUUAUGAUUCUUGGAUGUUGUUUUUCCUACAAACAGUAGCCAGAUGGACACUGUUGUUGGCCUGCCGCUCCUCAUGAGCCUUGAAAAGUGUCCGGGAAAAAAUAAUAUCCUUGGCACCAUCAAGCUGUUC